CUGCCGCCGGCUACGCCCGACCCGCCCUUGUCGUCAUGAAGCUGCACGGUCACGACCUUCCAGACCCACGACGUCUCCUUAGCCGGCUUCACCAACGGAGGCGGCGACUGGCAGGCUUUCCCAGGCCUCGCUCACCUGUUCCCGACGUCCACGCCCCUCCCGUUCGGCAGCAGCUACGACGACCUCAUCGGCGGCCUUGCCAACCUGCCGAGGGUGCCCCUGGGGCGGCAGGCCAUGGCCGACACCGCCCGGGUGCUCUCCGCCUACGACCCGUCUGCGGCCACGGUCGCCGACGUUGAGCCAGUCAAGCGCGCGCUGGCAGCGCUCAAGGUGAUGCUAGGCGAGGCGCAGCGGCUGCAGCCCAUCCACGAGACCGUCGUUCGCGGGUGGGAGAGCGAGUGCCGCGUCGCGCCCGAGCACCUGCCCUACAUCGACCACUGGGACACCAUUUCCUACGAGAUCAUCUGCGCCAACCGGACGGGCAAGUGGAACGGGCCCUUCGCCAAGAUGCUGGAGACCCAAGCCAACAUCCGCAGCCAGGAGGAGGCGCUCGCCGUCGUCCGGGUGCUGCUCCAUGCCGACUUUGAGCAGGUGCUCGAGGCUCACGGCACCAAGAUCAACUUCAAGUAAACAUGCAUGCAGAGUUCAGAUUGAUUUGUGCUCCAUCUCGUAUCGAGUCCAUGUUUUUUUCUAAACCAUGACCGUGUUGUUAAUCAUCUGAUCUGAUUUGGGUGAUGUAUGCCUUCACGCAGCUUUGUGAGCUUCAAUAUGUUCUACUCACGAAAUAAAAUGGUGCUAAAGACUAGGACAUGGUGCAGUCCAUUUCUA